GCUUUCGUGUACCUGCUGCCCACUUCACUCCCACGUCUUGAUUGGUCGUCUCGGGCGGAAUCCACUUGAAUGAUUUCAAACCCGAGUGUUUGGACACGGACGAGUGGGGAGGCGGGGGGAUCUUUGGUUUGUUGGAAAGGACUUUGUUCACCAUCACACUAAAACGGGUUUAUCCGCGGAGGAGCGCCGUUCACGGGGGCUAGCGCGCGCCGAAGCUCGAAAAUGGAAUAACAUUGAAGGCAACACCACCUCUUUCUUAAAGCGCUUAAAGAGUAAUUUUCUUGGAUAUCUUUUUGCUGAAGUGAGGACCAGCUGGGAUUUUUAUCUGCUACGUUUUGGACACUGAACUCACCGCUUGUUUCUUGACCUGAUUGGAAAUCGACCCCCCCUCCCCCCCCGAAAAUCAUUCAAUUAAGCCCGGUUAUUGAUGGGAUGUGAGUACCAACAGUUGUUUACGAAAUCCAAUAAAGGAUUUUCUGUAACCAGAUUAGUGGGGCGUUCAAUUGAUGCUUGGGAUUUUGCCCUGCCAUCACGUUGAUAUUAUUUCUCCACUGCCCUGUUGAAAAUCGGAACAUAACGUUCAGGUUUCGGACAAUGCGUUCGCAUUUUAACUCAACUCCUCGCCUGCGGGUUAGUUAAAAGGGGGUUUGACUAGUUAGUGACCAGAAGCGGCGGUUAACCAGCAGAGAAGAAGAUCCCAGCAGCAGCAGCAGCCGGGCAGCCAUGGCCAAAAGCCCGUCCGAGGGGCCGAAGGAUGAUCUGAGCCAGCUGACGGACGACGAGCUGCUGCGGUGCAGCAAAGAGGAGCUGCUCAGGAAACUGAGGCGGGUGGACGGCGAGAAGAUGACCUUAAUGAUCGAGCACGGCAACAUGAUGAAGGACAUUAACCGGAGGCUGCAGGUGCACCUCCACGAGAUCCGGAGUCUGAAGGAGAUCAACCAGAAGCUCCAGGACGACAACCACGAGCUCCGGGAGCUGUGCUGCUUCCUGGACGACGACCGGCAGAAGGGCAAGAAGCUGUCCCGAGAGUGGCAGCGCUUCGGCCGCUACACCGCCAGCGCCAUGUGGAAGGAGGUGGGCGCCUACAUGAUGAAGCUGAAGGAGCUGGAGGCCACCCAGGAGGCCGUGGUGAGGGAGAACUGCGAACUGAAGGAGAUCAUCCUCAUGCUGGAUGAGGAGAGGAACGGGGCGGGCUCCAGGAGCUCCAUAGACAGCCAGUCCAGCCUGACCAACCUGAACGGAGGCACCGGGACCGUCAGGGAUGUUGGAGAUGGGAGCAGCACGUCCAGCACAGGUAGUGCUGGCAGUCCGGACCACCACAACCACACGCACAAGCCCCCUGAGAACAGUAAGCUGGGCCCCACCAUAAGGAGAUCCAUGGAUGACCUUUCAGCCCCGCAUCACCACAGGAGCAUCCCCAACGGACUCAACGAUUCCUCCUCCAACUAUAUCAGGCAGCUGGAGACGAAAGUGCGGAUCCUGGAGGACGAUAACAGCAAGCUUCUCUCGCAGGCUCAUAACCGCUAUAGCUUAUCACAAAUACAGAUGAAGAAGUGUAACCCAGGUGACCUCCGCGCCCUGAGGAAGGGAAUGACUCUGUACCACUCCGAGUCCCAGCUAUCCUCGCUGCCCCAGCGCCAGGAAGCCAUGCACGUGACAACGCGCCGUCUACCCACCAGCGAAUCCUCACCUGCCACAGGAUACCUGUCCUGCGUGCAGAAGCCAGAAGCAGUGGUGCAUGCUAUGAAGGUGCUGGAGGUCCAUGAGAACCUGGACAAGCAGGCUGUGGAGGACUAUGAAGACGAUCUCAGCGAGAAGGAGAAGGCCAUCGUGCGGGAGAUGUGCAACGUGGUGUGGCGGAAAUUGGGCGACGCUGCAGGAUCAAAGCUGUCCGUCAAACAGCAUCUUUCUGGGAACCAGUUCAAGGGGCCGCUGUAGUUCCCUAGCAACCGACUUGGGAUCCAGCCGUACCGCGGCCCCCCCACGAUCCGGCAGACGCUCCAGGACUGGCUGAGAGGAACGGACCGUCGUCCAUAUUUACAUGUACAGUUUUUACACCUUUCCUCAUCCCUCCAGGCUUAUGUUAACUGGCAGCUAGCUUCACCGACUCACCCGUGUGACCGUCUACCAGGCCACCGCCGCCGAGGCGACCAUGUGGCUGCAACAAUGUUGCGUAGAGACUUUUUCUUGUUUUAUUUUUUUUGAUAGGACCUCCUGUAGAGACCUUCUGUCACGUGUAAGUGAAGCACCCCUGUGAUCUAGCACAUUUCGCUCAUGUACGGGGAUCACUGUCGUGUAUAUGAUGUAUAGAACCAUAGCACUACUUCAUUAGAACUAUCCAUUUGAUCUAUUUUAUAUUCUAGCAUGGCCAUACGAUCAAGAAUUCAGUUGUAGAAGUGCACAAAACCAGACCUGAAACAGGGUUUGCUUCUCUUUCCACAUAAAACUUUAACCUCUCCUCUCUUUAAACCCUGAAAAAAUGUAUUUGAUCUGUUGCUUCUGUUGACGAACGCACAGGUUAUUUAUUUUUAAGAGAAACUAACAAACCCCGUAUGCUGUGUGCAUGCCAGACAAUCACCUUCUCAGGUUGGAGGGCUGCAGCUUUACCUUCACCCAUCUGUGACUGUGUUUUCAGGUGACACCGUUCUCCUGCAGCUGUAGCAUCAUUGAUUUUGGGUUUUUUUGGGCUCGUUUUGAACAGUUUUCUGAAUUCACACACAAAGGCGGUAGUACUUUAACUGCAAAAAAAAGAAAACACGUUCAAUCCCAUCCGAACCUCUUCCUGAUUUUGAGGUUUUCUGGAUUCAGCAGGUGUCCGUGCUUUUUUCUAGACCAGGCAAGUCUUCCUUUUUGAAGUCUUCACUUUGAAACAAUAAGUAUCUGUUGAUGUCAGAGUGAACAAACUCAAGUUUGUCCGUGUAUUUAUUGUUGAGUGUGAACGUAGAGAAUCGAGAGCAACCAGUACCUGAACAGAUCCGUUCAUCAAGCUCUCCCGUCUCUAGAACAAUUUUGUUCCAAAUUAGAACAUUUCUGAAGUGACCCAUUGCUUAAAUAAUGGGUCAAAAAGAGAAAUAAAUGUAUUAUUUUUUAAAAGUGUCCUUUUUUCUAGGAACCGAUUUGAAGCCAUGACACAAUUUUGGAUACUGUAUAAAUAAAUAAAUGGUAUUUGGUUUGAGAUGUUCCGCAUUGUUUUCCAAUGCGUUUUAAUUUGGAACCCAACUUUUUUUAUUUCUAACUUUUAUGAUGCUUUUAUCUAUAUACUAAAAAAAAAAACCCUGCAAACCUACAGUAUAAAUGUGUAUUCUUGCAACUAGCAUGACUUCUUUUCAUGAAUUUCACUGAUACAAACAAAUGAGAACAUUUUUAUUCAAAUCUGAGAAAAUGAAAUAAACCAGUUGCUUAACAA